UCUUCUUCGCCAAUAAAAAAGCCAGCAAAAAAGACAACCAGAGCCUCUUCAGUUCUCACAGCUAAGCUACUGUGGGAGUUUUUCUUCUACAGAAGAAUUGCUUCUUCAGUAGCUAAUUAAUACCUUUAUAUAAAACCUUUUUUUACUGCUAAACCUAUAUCAAUAUACAUAUAUAUAAGUACUAAUAAAUGGCUCGUUCUCUUUCUUCCUUCAAGCUCCUCGGUGCUUCUGUUUUCGAUGGCCUGUAUGUCUCCAUGUCAAGGAGGGGUCACUCGGCUGCGCCACCGCCGGGGGCAGUGACGACUGGCUUCGGUAGGGCUGGAAUGAUGGGGAAAGUGGAAGGAAGAGAUACGAUGAAAGGUUCUAUGAUGGAGACGAAGGUAUCGUCUGCUUGGGCGCCUGAUCCUGUGACGGGGUAUUACCGGCCGGAGAACAGUGGGGAUGAGAUCGAUGCGGUGGAGCUCCGGGAGAUGUUGUUGAAUCAUAGGGCUAGGCCACGGUAGAGUUGCUUUUGGGUGUUUUUCUUUUAAUGAUCUUUAUCAUCAGUAGCGUUGUCUGUGCUGAAAAAGAGUGUACUAGUGUGCUUGA